AUGACUAUAGUAUCCACUAAACUCGACACAAUUAUCUCAGGAAUAAGCCAAGAGGCUUGGGGGGUAUUUUUUGCCAUUGCAGAUACGUUUAUUCCCUCAACUGAUAUCAAGGUGCUUGAACUCCACGUUUCCAAAAACGCAUAUUCUGCCUCGCCUGAAGAGCUCGCUGAAUUCGCAGCUCUGAGCCCAUCUAAAAUGGGCGACACUUUUCUCUCCAGUCUCAAACUUACACUUCAUCAGGCCCCUCCUGAUCAGGUAUCCAAGCUCAAGUUGAUCCUGGAAUUGCUUUCUCACAGAAGCACAGCUUUGUUCUUAACGCGUUCGACUUCUCUCCUCACUGAGAUGUCUGUCUCUCAGAGAGAGGAUGUCCUUCGGUCAUGGUAUCAGUCUAAUAUCACACCCCUCCAGGGGCUAUUCAGGACUCUAUACAUCUUGACUUAUACCACUUUUCUUCGAGUGAAUCCUCUUGGCUACAGAGCUAUGGGUCACCCUGAGUUUGAUCCCCAUCGCUUUGACUUGACACGCACAAACAAAAGCUCUUUUACUCAUGAAAUUUUGGACAUCGGCCGCUACGCAGCGACCGCAGAAAUAAAAGUAGAUGUAGUAAUUGUUGGCUCAGGUUCAGGUGGCGGUGUCGUUGCACGAUCUCUUGCCAAGAACAAAAACAUCUCUAUUCUUGUUAUUGAAAAGGGGGCUUACUACAAGCCUGAUGAAUUGAAUCUGAACGAGGAUCAGGGAUACAAACUGUAUGAAAAAGCUGGAACUCUUACUUCUGAUGAUGGUAGUAUGUCAAUCUUAGCUGGUAGCACACUGGGUGGUGGAUCAACUAUCAAUUGGUCUGCUAGUAUCAGGACGCCUGAUGCUGUACGAGAUGAGUGGUCAAAAUCAGUACCCUGGUAUGGGCAAUCUAUAUAUGACGAUGCAAUGAAAUACGUCAUGGACGAAAUGGGCUGUAGUGCCGAGCACAUGGAACACUCGUUUUCGAACAACGUCAUUGUUUCGGGAAGUGCCAAGCUAGGAUACAAUUUUGAUUUGGUGGAGCAAAAUACCGCAGGGAAGUUGCACAAAUGUGGGUUCUGUUCGUAUGGUUGUAAAUUCGCCGAGAAACAGGGAGCAGUGGUCAACUGGUUACGAAAGGCAGUUGAAGAGGGAAAUACCAGAAUCCUUACUGAUACAGAUGUUAUCCGGAUAAUCACGAAUGGGACAGAGGCUACUGGAGUGGAAGCAAUUGUUCAUCAGCACAACAAGAAGAUUCCUUUGAAAGUUACUGCCAAGAAAGUGGUAGUUGCAGGUGGAUCUCUACAAACACCGGGCUUACUCCUUCGAUCUGGAUUCAAAAACAAGAAUAUAGGACGAAAUCUUACAAUGCAUCCACUAACAGUAAUGUUUGGCCAUUUCCCUGACAAAGAGAUAAAUGCUUUUGAAGACUCUAUUUUGACCGCCGUAGGCACCGAGAAGGAAGAUAUCGAUGGCCGAGGUCACGGCGUUAGAAUUGAGGCUAUGAUACAUCAGCCUAUACACACCAUGGGCUUCUAUCCAUGGCGAAAUGGCCAAGAGUGGCGUAAGCUUCAGGCCCAGUACAAUCAUCUAUCAGCCUUGAUGGCAGUCCAAAGAGACAUAGGAAGUGGACGUGUGUAUUACAAGCCUAAUUCACCUUUUAUACCGCGAGUUGAUUAUAUUGUUGGAAAAGCUGAUUCAGCUGCAAUUCUUGAGGGUAUUUGUUUAGCAUCUGACUUGCUUUAUAUUGAAGGUGCACAAGACAUUAUAGCAGGCGGGCCAUCGAUCCCCACGUUUACGUCCACAACUCCUGUCGAGAAACGAAGCCUUACUGACCCUGACUUUGCUGAAUGGAAGGAGAAAUUGAAAAGUACACCACUGGAGCCUCUUCGUAAUCAUUUUGCAUCUGGUCACCAGAUGUCUACUGCUAGAUUAGGUAAAGACCCAAAAAGCUCUGUUGCAAAUGAACGUGGUCAGCUUUGGGAAUGUGAUAACGUUUACAUUGCGGAUGCUAGCGGAAUGCCAUCAGCUAGUGGUGCCAACCCAAUGGUUUCGGUCAUGGCCACUGCUCAAGUAAUCAGCGAGUAUAUCAGGGAGGAUUUGAAAUUGUAA